AUGGAUAUACAAUGGCCCAUACAAGGACUCGAGCGCAACUGCGUUGCGCUUUUGGAUUGCACAGUUGGAGUGUCAGCUGUUCUUCUUCUAAUUGCAGCCUUGGGGGCUGUUCUGUCCUGUUGGCUGCUAUCGCUGGAGGUAAAUCCUCACCUUUGCGCCAUCAAUUUCCGAGUCACCACCGGCAUUUUCACCGCUAAUCCCUGA